AAUAAAUUAGCUAACGAGGCAAAAGUUAGAGAAGAAGAAAAAGAAAAGCUUGGAUGGUUCGAUCAAAUGGCUUCUUCUUCUUCCUCCUCUCAUCAGACUCACAUUCCUAUCCAUUCUGAUUCCGGUGGCAGUAAACCCUUAGAUCAAGAAGCGCAGACGUCGCUGGUUCCCGUCCAUGUUGUUACUAAGGCUUCUCAACUUCCACCUGAAUUCCUUAACCCUUCGCCUGAUAAGCAUUUGAUUAUCGGCUUUGACUGCGAGGGUGUUGAUCUUUGUCGGCAUGGUUCUCUUUGUAUUAUGCAGAUUGCAUUUCCAGAUGCAAUAUUUUUAAUUGAUGCUACUCAGGGUGGAGAAACGCUUGUGAAAGCAUGUAAGCCUGCUUUGGAAUCCAGUUACAUCACUAAAGUCAUUCAUGAUUGCAAGCGAGAUAGUGAGGCGUUGUACUUCCAAUUUGGCAUCAAAUUGCACAAUGUUUUUGAUACUCAGAUUGCUUAUUAUCUAAUAGAGGAGCAAGAAGGACGUGCUAAGUUGCCAAAUGACUAUAUAUCCUUCGUUAGCCUCCUUGCGGAUCCACGCUAUUGUGGUAUGUCAUAUUUAGAGAAGGAAGAAGUCCGUAUUCUCCUUCGACAGGAUCCUAAUUUCUGGGCAUACAGACCAUUAUCGGAAUUAAUGAUCCGAGCAGCAACGGAUGAUGUUCGUUUUCUUCUUUGCAUUUAUCAUAAAAUGAUAAAGAAACUAAAUCAAAGAUCACUGCGGUAUCUAGCAGUUCGUGGUGCAUUAUAUUGUCGAUGUUUCUGCAUCACUGACAAUAGCUGUGCUGACUGGCCACCUAUCCCGCCUAUUGCAGAUGACGUUAUAGGCGAUGGUAGUGCCCCAGAGGAAGAAAUCCUUUCAGUUCUCGACAUUCCUCCUGGGAAGAUGGGGCUUAUUAUUGGAAAACGAGGAGCCACUAUAUUGUCGAUAAAGGAAUCUUGCAAUGCUGAAAUUUUCAUUGGAGGUUCAAAGGGUCCACCUGACAAGGUAUUCAUAAUUGGACCGAUUAGACAGGUGAGAAAAGCAGAGGCCAUCCUGAGGGGGAGGAUGCUGGAAAUUUAUUAGGAAACGUCUGUUUGCGGUUUGUGCUAAAUGUUAGAACGGGCGUAUUUGGUUGCGAGUCUUCUCCUCUCCUCUCUUAUUCUGCUGUUCAUGUCGAACUGAAUCUUCUGGAAAUCUUAAGUUCCCCGUAUUAGAAUUUUCUGAAGGCAUUACCUCCCAGACUCUCAUUGUUUUUUGUUAUAUAGAUGCUGUUUACAUACAGAUGUUAAAAUGUCGAACUCAUCCAACGAGAAAUCGGUAGAGUAAAAUUCUACACCUAUUGAUGUUAUUACUUUACCUUCGAGCUUGGCUGGUAUUUAUCGGCAAAAUCUUAUGCCUGCCAAGGCACAUCGUGAGUCUAAGAUUGGCAUAUGGUUGAAUGUAAAUGAGCUAUGGGUCAUCCAGUCUUAAACACGCACUUAAUUGUUUUAAUUAAUUAAGAAUAUUAUUCUUUAA